GGGGUGGGACUUGGGAGCCCACUGGUCGAAACGGCGUCGUUAGUCUGGUGGAACUUAAACCCUCGUCUAUCAGUACUCACCACUGCAAUUACAGUGUGUUGCGUAGGUAACGCUGCUACGAUACCUUGUUAGGGAUUCAAAUGCACGGGCAAAUGAUCUGAGGAUCGAAAUACAUUGAAUAAUCCGAGCUGCUUUUCAUAUCUUUCGAGUUCAGUUGGUGUGAAUUUAGAGAUAAAGCCAUCAAAAUUCUGUUACACAUAGGUCUAACUUAGUAAGAAAAAGAUGAAAAUGAAGAUACAUACACAAUCCUUCCUACUGUUCGUCUUUUGUUCGAUGUUGAUUCUCAGAUCUGCCGUUGCUCUAUCAGAAGACCUUCUCGGAGUUGCCCCGCAAGAUGAGGAAUACUACAAGGGAUUGUUUUCGUCAGGAACGAUUAAAUGCAAAGAUGGAUCUAAAACUUUCACAAAGACGCAACUUAAUGACGACUUUUGUGAUUGCUCUGAUGGCACCGAUGAACCAGGAACAUCAGCAUGCCCUAAUGGGAAAUUCUAUUGCCAAAACGCGGGCCAUACUCCACUUUCUAUAUAUUCUUCCAGGGUUAAUGAUGGAAUAUGCGAUUGCUGUGAUGGAAGUGAUGAAUAUAAUGGUAAAAUCAAGUGCAAAAACACCUGUUGGGAAGCUGGAAAAGUAGCAAGAGACAGAUUAAAGAAAAAGAUUGCAACUUUUCAUGAGGGUGUUGCUAUAAGAAAACGUGAAGUUGAAGAAGCAAGAGUUUCAGUAGCAAAAGAUGAAGCAGAGUUAUCUAGGUUAAAGAAUGAGGAGACUAUUCUUAAAGGACUUGUUCAACAGCUCAAGGAUCGCAAGGAACAAAUAGAGAAAGCAGAGGAGAAAGAACGUAUGCAGAAAGAACAAGAGGAGAAACUGAAAAAAGAAGCUGAAGAAGCAGCAUUAAAGGAACAAAAAGGUGAAGAAAAAGUGAAUGCUGAAGAGCAAGAAUCCAAAGAAAGUACUACCUCUCACAAUGACAAUGAGGAUCCAAACAAGGGCUCUGUUGACAAUGGUGUUGAAUCUACACACAAUGAUGAUGAUGUCAAAGAUGCAUCUCAUGAUAAUAUAGAAGAAAAGAAGCAUGUUGAAAAGAAUGAGGAAUCAUCUCAACAUGAACAUGAUCAUGAUCAUGAUCAUGACCCUGAAAAUAAGGAAGAAGAAGCAUCUGAAGACAAUGAGUCAUUAUCAAGGGAAGAAUUAGGUCGAACCAUUGGUUCACGUUGGACAGGAAAAACUGAGCAUCAUGAUGAUCAUGAUCAUGAUCAUGAUCAUGAUCAUGAUCAUGAUGAUGAUACACAUGAGGAAGAAGAAUACAGUGGAUAUGAUACAGAAACCGAGGAGGACCACCGUAACUAUGAUGAGGAUGACACAGAAGAUCAUACAAAUGAUGUUGGAGAUACAUCACAUGAUGAUGAUUCUAGUAGCUCACAUAAAUAUGAUUCAGAUGAUGAAAUUGAUAUGUCAGAUAUGGAAAGCACAAGCAACCCAUCAUGGUUGGAGAAGAUUCAACAAACCGUGAAGAAAUUUCUUCAAUCUGUUAAUCCAUUUCAGACUCCAGUCGAUACAUCUGAGGCUGAAAGUGUACGAAAAGAAUACGAUGAUGCAAGUGGGAAGUUGUCUAAAAUACAAUCAAGGAUAACAAGUUUAACAAAAAAACUAGGAAACGACUUUGGACCAGAGAAGGAGUUUUAUUCGUUAUAUGGUCACUGUUUUGAGAUCAAAGAGAACAAGUAUGUUUACAAAGUUUGUCCCUUUAAGGAUGCCACCCAAGUGGAGGGGCACAGCACAACUACAUUAGGGCAAUGGGAGAAAUUUGAUGAGUCAUACAGAGUCAUGCUCUUCUCAAAUGGUGACAAAUGCUGGAAUGGACCUCAAAGAAGCUUAACUGUGAGAUUAAGAUGUGGAUCAAAAGUUGAAGUUGCUGACAUAGACGAACCUAGCCGUUGCGAAUACUCGGCGUUAUUAACUACUCCAGCCCUUUGUCAAGAAGGAAGACUCAAGGAACUACAAGAUAAAUUAGAAGCAGUGAUGGAACAACCACAAGGUCACGAUGAGCUUUAAGUAUUUCUCAUACUAUUUAUUAUGACAAAAGCAAAAAAAAAAAGAAAUGACCGAUUUGUCCUUUUUCCAUUUUUGGGAUGAACUGGCUAAAUAGGAUCAAUACAACACUUCCAUGAGAUAUAUGGAGUGAGGCUUAUAAGAAUAUAGUUGCUUUUUCGAGGGGACUAGAAUUGGUAAAACUAGAACAUUGAUUCUAUAGUAAGUUGUACCUCGUGCAUUGGAAGUUGAACCUUUCCAUUUAUGGAAAAGGGAAUUGUAUUUAGAUAAUCUUGAGAGGUAGAUGGGGAUGUGUUGGGGGACUGUGAAUCCAUUCUUUUGCAAAAAAAAAAAAAAUGCUCUUUAAAAUGAUGAAUUAAAUAUGGAUUGAUCUUAA